AUGUCAAAUAACCAGACUGAACAAUCAAAUAGUCUGGACACACAUCCAUCUGCAAUCACAAACACAAACGAUGACCUACCGUCCAUCAACAUACCACAACAACCUGCCGCCGUCGCCGCCGCCACACACCCACCUUUCCAGUUCCCACUCACAACAACAACUACAACUCCAAACGCAAACUGGAAAAGAUCAAGCAUAUACACCUCCAAAUCCACAGUCAACGCCAUCCCCAUACGAUCACCAAACAUAAACACCAGAACUCACCGUCAACAAUCGUCCAUAUCCGCCCUCCAUGACAUCGAGGACGACAUCUCCUCCAUGAAAUCAGUCUCCUCCUCCAUGACUGCUUCCCUCUCCAAAAGCUUCCUCUUUGCAUUCUAUAAUAAUAACAAGAAUUCCAAGGCGGCAAAGAAUAAAGUCGCUCCCGAUGGCCUCUUGUCCAGACAAUACUGGAUGAAAGAUGAAAGCGCAAGAGAAUGCUUUAAUUGUGCCAAGUCUUUCAAUACAUUCAGAAGGAAGCAUCAUUGUAGGAUUUGUGGACAGAUCUUCUGCCAUAGGUGUACGUUGCUCAUAUCCGGUGAGAAUCUCGGGUAUCAUGGUGGAAGAUUGAGAGUGUGUGAACGUUGCUUUGGGAAUAUUGACAAUUUCGUCGAUUCCAGUGAUGAGGAAGAAGAAGACGAGGAAGAGCAAGAACCGCAUGACGGGAGCAGGACUCCAUCCACCAAUGAUAACGAACAUAUUGACGAACAACCCAUUGCGAGGUUUAAUGAUGAUCACAAUGAUGGCCGACCCACUUUCACUCCAACAAAGACAGAAGUGUUGUUACUUAAUGACGAUGAUGCAAAGAGUAUAGUCACGUCCAAGGAGGACUCCAAACUGUUUAUGGCAACUCCAUCACCACCACCAAAGAUGGCGAUACCAGCAACAAGACAAGGUGAAUCAUUGGAAAUUUCAUUCACUCCAGAUCUAUUGAAACGAUCACCAUUGGGAAACAACAACACCAACAACAGCAACAACAAUACUAACCAACGAGUUGCUUCACCAUUGCAGCAUCUGCAUAAAUCAAGUAACCAUUCCUUAAGAAGAACAUCAUUCUCCAAUUAUAAUAGAAAUAGAAAUAAUAAUAACAAUUCACCAUUGAACAAAAAUUCAUCUGAUUCCAUUAUUCGUAAUUUAACAAAUAGAAAUUUUAAAUUCGAUUUCCAUUACAACCCACAUCCCACCUCGAAUUCCAAUUCCAAUUCCAAUUCCAAUUCAAACUCUACGUUAAGACAACAUAGAAAUUCAACCUCUUCAAACAUUCCAAAGGGUUCGGGACCCUUAGCAUCACAACAACCAACUUCCGCAUUCAAUAGUGCAGUGAUCUACGACGAGGAUGAUGAUCAAUCGGAUGGUGAUGAUGUUGUGAAUGACGACAAUGACGACGACGAUGAUAACUACAUGGAAUCUUCAGAAGAUGAAGAUUCAAUGUCCAUAUAUUCAUCACUUAAUGGAGUCACACAUUCGGAUAAUCCAAUACGAUCAACAAGAAAUUCCAUGAAAUCAUUCCAAAGAGCUCAAGCUUCAUUACAAAGAAUGCAAAAUAAUAGAAGAAAGAGCAGAUCUAGGCAUCAACAACAGAGACAAAAAUUCAAAAAUUCGGAUUCGAUUCAGAGAGUAAGAUCUAAUCAAAGCGUAAGCACCCCAAAUUUAGGUGGAUCAAAUAACAACAUACCAAAAUUAAGGCCCAAUGAAUUAUCAACAGUUGAUAAUUAUAACCCAUCACUAGGAAAUGGAAAUUCCAUUGUAGCUAAUUAUCAUCUUCGUAAUGCCAGUUGGAGAAGAAUUUCUAGUAUUUCAGGAAUGAAAGAAUAUAAGGAAAAUAAAACAAAAUUAAAUGAAGUUUCCACUUUACACAUGCAGGCAUUAUUAGAACAAGUGUUAGGAGAUCAAACCGUAUCAAACAUGGAUCAUUGGUUAAAAAUAUUACAAGGAUUUCUUAUUAAGAUUCAAAAUAUAAGAUUAAGUGCCAGAGAUUCUAAUUCAUUAGACUAUAGACAAAAUUAUGUCAAGAUUAAAAGAAUAUCAGGGGGAGAUAUUGAUUCUUCUGAAUUUGUUGAUGGUAUAAUUUUUUCAAAGGCUUUACCUUCAAAGACUAUGCCUCGUUAUUUAGAGAAUCCAAGAAUUCUUCUCGUUAUAUUCCCUCUCGAGUAUCAAAAAAACGAAAACCAUUUCUUAUCAUUGGAUGCUGUCUUUGCACAGGAAAGAGAAUAUUUAGAUAAAUUGGUCUCUCGUCUAACGUCAUUAAAUCCUGACAUAAUAUUUGUUGGUGCUAAUGUAAGUGGGUAUGCCCUAGGAUUAUUAAACAAAGCAGGUGUCAUUGUUCAAUUUAAUAUGAAGCCACAAGUAAUUGAAAGAAUUGCUAAGUUAACCGAAGCAGAUAUUGCCAUUUCCAUUGAUAAAUUAGCAUCAAAUGUUAAGAUGGGUGAAUGUGAAUCAUUUGAAGUAAAAACUUUUAUUUACGGUAAUGUAAGCAAAACUUACACAUUCUUGCGAGGAUGUAACGCAUCACUUGGAGGGACUAUACUUUUGAGAGGUGCCUCUCAAGACAUUCUGAAAAAAAUUAAACAUGUGACAGAAUUUAUGGUUUAUACUGUCUUCUCUUUAAAAUUGGAAAGUUCCUUCUUUAAUGACAAUUUUAUUCAAUUAUCUUCAAAAUAUUAUUUAGAAGAAAAGGAACGUAAAAGAACAGAAAUCGUUGAAGGAUACUUUGCAGAUUUCCUUGAUAAAUUUAAUAAAAGAAUAUUAACAGUAUCGCCCACUGUUCAUUUCCCAAUACCGUUUUUGUUAAGGAGAGCCAGAGAACUAGAAUCGAAAUUUAAUGAAACGCGUAUUGAAAAUGAAAAUUUAUCUGAAAUGUUUAAUCCAGCUGAUUCAAAUCUUGGUAUCGAAUCCACUUUAACGUUAAAGGAUCUGAAAUACAUAACGGGCUUUAUUAGGGAAAGAGAGACCAAAGAUUUGGAACUUGAAUUCAAAAGAAGAUGCAGACAAUGGGAAGUCUCAUAUGCACAAUCACAUAAUUUAUUAGGAACAGGUUCUCAUCAAUGCAUCACUGUUCUUUAUUCUAUGGUAUCAACAAAAACUGCCACUCCAUGUAUUGGGCCCGAGAUUACCACAAUUGAUUACUUUUGGGAUAGUGAUAUAUCCAUUGGUCAAUUUAUUGAGAAUGUGGUAGCCACUGCAUGGUUCCCAUGUCAUCAAGGAUGUAAUGGACUAUUAUUAGAUCAUUAUAGAAGUUAUGUCCAUGGGUCUGGUAAAGUAGAUGUUUUAAUUGAAAAAUUUCAAACUCGAUUGCCCAAAUUAAAAGAUAUUAUCCUGACCUGGAGUUAUUGCAAAAAGUGUGGCACUUCUACACCCAUCCUACAGGUUAGUGAAAAGACUUGGAAUUAUUCAUUUGGUAAAUAUCUGGAGGUGAUGUUUUGGACAAAGAAGGAAAGCGUGGAAGGUAUAGGGAAUUGUUCACACGAUUUUACUAAAGAUCACGUCAAAUACUUUGGUUAUAACGACCUUGUUGUCAGAAUGGAAUAUUCCUCAUUGGAUGUUCAUGAACUAAUAACACCACCAAGGAGAAUUAAUUGGAAACCUCACAUUGACAUUAAAUUGAAAGUGGAAUUAUAUUAUCAACUUUUAGAUAAAAUCAAUAGCUUCUAUGAAAGCGUUCAAGAUCGUUUAGAUCGUCUGAAACUUGAUAGUAUGUCAGACAAGAAAUUAUUAGCCGGUCAAAAUGAAAUCAUGCAGUUGAAGCAAAAUGUGAACCAUGAGAAGAAACAGUUACUGGAAGAAUUAGAAACAGUUUAUAGAAAGACACCCGCUGAUCGCCAUUUACAAAUGAAUGUAAUAAUUAAAACACUCUACGCGAAAGCAGUGAGCUGGGAUUCGGAUUUUAAUGAUUUUGGGAAUAAAUAUAUGCCCUCUGAAAUGGAUGUUACACGAAUUACAACAAACCAAUUAAAGAAAUUCUUUGGAGAUUCUAAAAGCAUUGAUAAUAUAGAGUUGCCUACUAAUAUUGAUGAAAAAGUUUUAAGACAAGAUGGACUGGAAAAUAUGCCUGAUGCUGCUGAAAGUUUAAAGAAGUUAGAAAAGGAAUACCCACUUCCACAGCCUUUCUCCGGAACUCAAGGUAGUACUGAUUUUGCUACCAGCACGCGUGUACCGACAGAGAAUGCGCACUUACCAUCGACAAGGUCAAACCUGCCUCUCUCUUCAGAUAAUACCAACAAAGAGACUUCAACUACUGCUAAUUUAGAUAAUGCCGAUAACCAACUUCCUAAUCUAGACCAACUUGACACAGAAAUUGGUAUUCAACAACAGUCUGUGAGUACACCGGAUGAUGAUGGCAAGAGUUCAAAAGUGGCACGUUUAGCAAGCUAUUUUGAUCAGAUGCAUCUAGAUGCCAUAUCAAAAGAGUUUGAGUUACAAAGAGAAAAGGAAAGAUUACAAAUAAAUAAAAACAAAUACCAAGCUCUGAAACUCCAAACGUCUACGCCAAUUGUAGAAAUUUAUAAAAAUGUUAAAGAUGCUGUCGAUGAGCCAUUACAUGACGUGACAGAAGAAGAUAUGAUAAAAAUAAGGAACAACUCAGGAGCAACUCUUACCAAAAAUAAUGUAUCUCGGGGAGAUUUUACCCAGAAUUUGGAGGAAGAGUUGGAAAAUUCAAUAAAUCAAUGGGGUAAGAAGAUUUUCAAUGAAAAGGAGGUGAAAGAUGAAUUGCAUAAAGAUCCAGUGACGUUGGAAGGUUCCCCGAAUGAUAAUAUCGAGAGUACUGCUGAACCGCUCCCACCUGUAACCACUACUACGACGGUCAGCAAAGAUGAAGCUACUGUCCAACCGGAGAAAUCGUUACUGAUGAAAGCACUUUCAAAUUUUUGGGCUGAUAGAUCACCAUACCUAUGGAAGCCUUUAGUCUAUCCAACUUUAUUGACGGAACAUGUUUUCGCUGACAGUGAUGUUAUUAUAAGAGAAGAUGAACCAACCUCUCUAAUUGCAUUUUGUUUGGCCACUUCCGAUUACAAACAGAAAAUGGCAAAUGUUGAUAUAUCCUCCAACAACCAAAGCAACGCUACUGGGAGUCCUUCUGUGAUCCAUGACCCAGCUGCUGAAAUGACUGACAGUGAUAACAUUCCAAAUAGUAUAUCGACAUCUACGUCAGAACAAGAGUCUAAAAUUUCUGAAAAGGAGCCUAUUAAGCAAUCUAAUGAUGCAAUUUCUUCCAAGGAGAUUUUAAAGACAAAUUCUAAUAAUGAUACCAACAAUUUUCCCGAUCUUGAUGAUAAUUUGGUCUUAGAAAAAAUAAUGACUAAGAAAACGGCAGUUCAUUUACGAUACCAAUUUGAAGAUCAAUAUACAGUAAUGUCCUGCAAAGUUUUUUUUGCGGAACAUUUCGAAGCCUUCAGAAAGAUUUGUAACUGCCAGGAAAAUUUUAUUCAAAGUCUAUCCAGAUGUGUUAAAUGGGAUUCCAGCGGUGGAAAAAGUGGUAGUGGCUUUUUGAAGACUUUAGAUGAUAGAUUUAUUAUCAAAGAAUUAUCACAUAAUGAAUUGGAUGCUUUUAUCAAAUUUGCCCCUUAUUAUUUCGAAUAUAUGGCACAGGCUAUGUUUCAUGAACUUCCUACAACCCUUGCCAAAGUGUUUGGAUUUUACCAAAUUCAACUUCGAAAUCCUGCGUCAGGUCCCAAAAGUUAUAAGAUGGAUGUCAUAAUCAUGGAGAAUCUAUUCUAUAAUAGGAAAACAAGUAGAAUUUUUGAUUUGAAAGGGUCGAUGAGGAAUAGACAUGUUGAACAGACGGGGAAAGAGAAUGAGGUCUUACUAGAUGAAAAUAUGGUUGAAUAUAUAUAUGAAUCACCCAUCCAUGUCAGGGAAUAUGACAAAAAAUUGCUUAGAGCAUCUUUAUGGAAUGAUACUUUGUUUCUAGCUAAGAUGAAUGUUAUGGAUUAUUCCUUGGUUAUUGGCAUAGAUAAUGAAGGGUAUACUUUGACGGUAGGGAUCAUUGAUUUUAUUCGAACAUUCACUUGGGACAAAAAAUUAGAAAGUUGGGUGAAAGAGAAAGGAUUAGUUGGUGGUGGUGGAAGCAGCACAAAGACACCUACAGUGGUGACGCCAAGACAGUAUAAAAAUCGUUUCAGGGAAGCCAUGGAACACUAUAUUCUAAUGGUCCCUGAUCCUUGGUAUCAAGAAAAUACUUAA